CGCGCACACCGACGCCGUGUCGACCCAGCUCGCCUCCGGCGCCGGAGUCGGAGCUGAGGGGAAACCCGGAUCGGCACGCUUCAGAUCCAGCAGCGCCGGUGCGAACCGAGGUUUUUAAUCCUGUUUGUUUGGUGUGGUGCUACUGCCUGCAAUGAUCCUGCGAGUUCCGAUCUUAAACUUGUGCUGGAACUGAGGACCUUGUGUGCACAGUCUAAUGCAUGCGCUGACAUCUUCAGCCUAAAAAUGGAGAGUUCCAGCUCUGGUUCUUGUCUUCCGGGUACAGUGUAUCAUUGGCUUGUAUUGGCUUUUGUGUGGCUUGGUGGCUGUCAGCAUGCUUUGUCUCAGCAAACAACACUUGAACCUAAAGAUAAAUUUCUUCUGUCUGAUCCACCUAUUGGUCUCUUUGAUCCAAUAGAGAUUUCACCUUCUGUUCUUCCGCACAAUACAAACCCAGUUGAGCCACUGUCACCAAUGUAUCCAAACUACACAUCCUAUGAUCCGGUUUUGACUGGAAAAUGCCAUGUGAACUUUUCUGCGCUCUCUUACAUUAUGGAAAAGACAGCUUCUGAUUGUUCUGUACCUUUAGCACCACUAGUUGCCAAUGUUAUAUGUUGUCCACAAGUUAGUAGCUUGAUGAAUAUUUUCCAAGCUGCAUAUGGUGGUGGAAACAGUACGCUCGUUCUCAAUCAAGCUUCAGCAAACGUGUGUUUCUCUGACAUUAUGAGCAUACUUGCAAGUAAAGGGGCAAACACCAACAUCCCAGAGUUGUGUACUCUUGGGCCAUCUAAUCUUACUGAUGCUUCUUGUCCCGUGAAGGAUAUUAGCUCGUUUGAGAGAAUGGUUAACGUAAGCAAGCUCCUGGAUUCAUGCAGCAGUGUUGACCCACUGAAAGAGUGUUGUAGGCCAGCUUGCCAACCUGCAAUAGUGGAAGCAGCGGUUCAUAUAUCCUCAGGUGGGGCAAGCAUGUUUGGAAGUUCUAGCAUACCUGGCAGCGCGAGUGGGAUUAAUGCUGUUAGUGACUGUAAAGGGGUGGUGCACUCCUACUUAUCUAUGAAACUUUCAUCAGAAGUGGCGAAUACUGCUUUCAGAGUAUUGUCUGGUUGUAAGGUGAACAAAGUCUGUCCACUGGAGUUCGAUGACCCUUCAUCAGUCGUUAAGGCUUGUGACAAGGCAUCUUCUUCAAGGCCUGCAUGCUGUGCAGCGUUGCACACUUACAUUGCAACUAGACAGAAGCAAAUAUUUGUGACGAACUUGCAAGCAAUUAACUGUGCAACAAUGUUUGGAUCAAUGCUGCAAAAAGCUGGUGUAGGGAAUGAUAUUUAUGAACUGUGUGAUAUUGACUUAAAAGAUUUUAGCCUGCAAGCUUUCGGGCAGCAAGGCUGUCUACUUCGGAGCUUACCUACGGACAUUGUAUUCGACAACAUUACAGGCAUUAGCUUCACAUGUGAUUUGAGUGACAACAUUGCAGCACCAUGGCCAUCGUCGUCGUCUCUUCAGUCCUUGUCCCUUUGUGCUCCAGAGAUGUCAUUGCCUGCAUUACCGGUCUCACCAUUAUCAGGAAGCUUAGCAGGUAUCUCCCGAACUGGAAUCGGGAUUCUGCUGCCUGUUGUACUUCUCACCACAACCAUCUCCAUCUGAGUAAACGCCUCAUGUAGCAACCCAGGAGGGUCCUACCUUUUCGUAAUUUUCCCCGCUGUGCAGGCCCACGUUGUAAAUUAGAUCGCGUUGCAUCCUUGUAAAUGAGCCUUUCCCUUUUCUGUCCCAUUUUGUUGAGUUCAUAGCAAUGUCGUGUGCUAGGGAGUACUGUGUACUUUUUGAGAGAUCAGGAAGUAAAUCAACUAGACUUGGCUGGUCACCUAUUAUGGAUAACGGUUUGGUA